AUGUGGCGCGACCGUACUAAUCUCUAUAUCUCAUAUCGCCAAUCAUAUGCGCACCAUCCCGCCAAGAAGACAAAACACUCGGCGUCAAGCGGCAAUGGCUUCUCAGACUUCGGCCGUGGCAGCGCAGCUGCCUCGGAGGAUCAGCAGGGUCUCCUGUCCGGCGCCGAUUACGACGAUGGCGAUGCCGUGAUCGAGAUGGAUCUAUUGCCCCCGCGCUGGGCUGAUAUAUCCGACGAAGUGACAGAUCUCUUGGUCGACAUUGCGAGGAAGUCUCAGGCCUUGGAAAGACUACACCAGAAACAUGUGCUCCCCGGCUUCAACGACGACGAAGCAAAGAAAGCCGAGGAAGACGAGAUCGAGCGUUUGACACAGGCCGUCACAAAAGGCUUCCACGACUGCCACCGAUGUAUAAAAAAGGUCGAGAAAAUGAUCAGCGAGGGUAACAUGACCAGGGCAGAGGAGACCAUGGCCCAGAAUAUACAGGUCAGCUUGGCGACACGCGUUCAAGAGGCAAGCGCUGGCUUCAGAAAGAAGCAGAGCGCUUACCUGAAGAAACUCCGCGGCAUGUCCGGUCUAGGCACGGCCUCACCAGCGGAGCGAUCAUCGACACCAAUGGCAUCGGGUUAUGCUGCUGAUCCGUCACUGCUCGAAUCAGAUGCCGAUCGCUCCUAUUCGCAGUCAGCUUUACAGGCAACCACUCAUCAGAAGAUGCUCCAGAGCAACGAUGCUGCUAUUGCUCAACGUGAGAGAGAGAUAGAGGAUAUUGCUCAGGGGAUCAUCGAGCUCUCCGAUCUAUUUCGAGACCUGCAAAACAUGGUCAUUGAUCAAGGCACAAUGCUGGAUCGGAUAGACUACAACGUGGAGCGCAUGACGACAGAUUUGAAAGGAGCCGAGAAAGAGCUCGUAAUAGCCUCUGGCUAUCAAAAGAAAACAACAAAACGGAAGAUCAUCUUGUUAUUAAUACUCGUCAUUGCAGGCAUGAUUAUCCUACUGGUAGUCAAGCCGAAGAGAAGCAGUAGUGAAAGCGCAUCAGCGCCAGUGGAAGUACCCGAUUCAGGCGGCAGCGGAGAAGGAUAG